UUUACUCUGCCCCGCUCGGACUUGCAGCGCACGUGUUUCAUCCGCUGUGACCCCCCCUCCAUGUGACUUUCACAUUAUCAAGUGCUUGUCCCCUUGUUUUGCAGAGUGCGAAGUUGCUGUUGCAAUCGUGCCUGUUUCCCGAUGUCUCCUAUCCUCCAUGCCCACACUUCCUUGUUCUUUACAGCUGUGCCAAAAACCAAACCCGCUGUGGUCUCUGCCUCAGCUGUAUGGGAAAAGGUCAAAGGAUUAAAACAUCCUCAUAGACACUCAACUGACUGUGUAUAGUGAAUGCAGAAAGUACUGAAGACGAUCUGAGGCUGCUUUUGGAGACAAAGACUGUCAUAUCUGUGAUAGCAUUCCUUUAUGUUGGCAUAAUGUACAAAGAAAGUAAGGACUUUGUGAAGGCAUAACAUACUGAACCACUUUUAACCCUUUAUUUUCAUACUUGCUCUGUCACAGUGAGCCAAGUCUGGUUUAGUUGGAAGAGUUUAUUCUAGAAACUUGGUCUUUAAGAAGAUACAACAGGAUUUGCACAGGUUUUUGGGACGUGAAGACCUGCAUAUGUCUCUGGCAUAGUUGUUUUUCUCUUGAUUAUACCUAUCGUCUAGUCUGGACAAUGGUUACUUUUCAGCAAAAAAUUUUACAUUUGGUCAAGUGUUUCAGAAGACAAUGGCCUUUAUUUUCCAACUCUGAAAGGACUACUGUAUGUGGAGCAGACUGCAUGUUGAUGGCAUUACAACUGUCCAUGGCUGAAGUCAAUAAACAGCACCAUGGAGACUUCACAGUAUCACUUAGUGAUGUGUUGGAAAUGUGGAACUAUUUGUUACAUGACAAACUGGGAUUGUAUGAAAACAUGAAAGAACCUGAAAAUUAUACUGAUGUGAAAAAAGCCUAUAAUGACUUUUUAGCAAGAAGCAAUAUGCUAGAUUUAAUAGACAUAUAUGAGAAGUGCUAUAGUCUUGGACUUUUAGCUGAAGAUGAAAGCAUAUCCCCUGUUCAACUGUUGGAAUUUAUUUCUGGUGUAAUGAAUGCACAAGAAAAUAAUGGUUCUCUUGUUUCUACUCCUACGCAAAUCAAUAGACAGAGCCAGAACCAUAUGAAGAUGACAAUCCUGGCAAAGAAGUCUGUCUGUUCAUAUUUAAGCCUUUUGGUGAAUUCUAAGGAUGAUCUGGCAGUGGCUCAUAUUCUGAAUGUUCCUGACAGAGGACUUGGUAGAGAAGCCUUCACUAACCUGAAACAUGCCUCACAGGAGAGAAAAAUGUCCAUUUUUCUGAUGGCAACCUCUUUUAUCCGGACCAUAGAACUUGGAGGAAGAGACUUUGGAUCUUCUAUGUAUGAUCCUUUAAGAGCCCAUGUAAAAGGUCUUUCCAACUUUGUUAAUUUUAUUGACAAGCUGCAAGAAAUUGUUGGUGAAAUCUUAAAUACAAGAAUCGCAGGGGGGCGAAUUCUGUCAACAGUGAAGAUGCAUUUGAUAAAAGGCCGAAGCAAUGGGGAUCCUUUCUGUCAGGCAGUAGAGGAAGCUGUACAAGACUUGGAUUUGAAGAUUAAAAAUAUUAUCGAUUCACAACAGGAAAUCUUGACUGCUAGCACUACUGGAGUCAGUCCAGCACGGCCAAAAUUGCAUUCUAUAAAUCAUGGCACUGCAUAUUGUGGCAGAGAUACUGUAAAGGUCUUGCUAGUUCUUCUGGAUGAAGAAGCUGUCAGUCCUCCUACCCAGAACAAAGCGGAUCUGUUGUGCGACAAUGAAAGCUUAAAUUUGUGUGGCAUCACAUCUGUUUUGACACUCUUCAGAUCUCCAGCACGAUCCAAUGGUUCUUCUCCAAAACCUCUUAGACAACGUAUUCUGAAAUCUAUGGAUGAAAAAGUAAUUAAGAUGAAGCAAUCUUCAAUUAAAUCCCAGUUUGCCUGUACGUAUAAAAAUGAUUUGAGUGAAAAGAAUGGUCAGCAUUCCCAUGCAAUUCCAACCUGCAAACAUCCUGCACCAAAGCAACAUUUAAAAGCUGGAAAGCCCACAGAAGGUCCAAAUUCAUAUCUUGAUGUACCAGGGCUUGGAACUAUUUCUGAAAGUGUUCACCAGACUAGAAGUUAUACAGAAAUGGGAAAGCUGAGUUGUCAGCCAAGGAACAAGAACUCUGAGAAUGAACAGAUGGAUUUGAAUAAUGACAAAAUAAUCUGUGACAAGGAAAGUGAACCAUCUUUGCAAAAAAAUACUAAAAGACUUAAGACUUCAAACAGCUCUAAGAAGGAAUUGGACAGCAAAAUUGGUGGGAAAAGAAAACAGACCAAAACUGCAAGUAAGAAUAAGUUGAUUGCUGGUCAGUCAAAAUUAACUCGCUUUUUUCAACUCUAAGUUUGUUUUCACAUGCAUGGUAUAUUGACAGUUGUAAAAUUUUGCAAAAAAAUGAAAUUUAUGAAUUACUUCUUUCCAUACAUAAAUCAUUGAAAGUAGCUUGUGUAUUAUAGUAGACAACUACUUACAAGUCUGGAUUAUGCUGAAGUAUUUUAUUUUUGAAUAACAGUACAUUGUUAAUAAUUACACUGUUAUUUUGGGUAAUGAAUUAUGUAUCCCUCUACAAUGCAAUGGGAAACUAUUUUUGGAUAUGUAUGUACAGUUGCACUAACACUUAGUAACUUCAAAUGUCAUUAAAUUCAAAAUAAAAUGUUUAAUCUUCA